AUGCUUAAGGGAGACAUCAUAAAGAGAGGAGAAUCAUUACCCUUUGCAAUUUGUUCUCAGUUGGGUUGGAUCAUUUCAGGGAACACUAUUACUGAUGAUUCAAAUCUAACUAACACUUUUACAGUGAAUAAUCUUCAGUUGAAUACAAACGAAUUAGUUGAAAGAUUUUGGUCUUUAGACUCCAUUCCUGAAGUCAAACGUAUUUCAAGUGAAGAUAAAAAAUGUGAAGAGUUCUUUAAAACAACACACUUCCGUGAUCAAAAUGGUCGUUAUGUAGUGAAAUUUCCAUUUAAAGGUAACCCUUCAAGGUUGGGUAAUUCUAAGGAUCUUGCUUUACAAAGAUUUAAAUCUUUAGAGAGAAAUCUCUUAAGAUCUCCUGAUACAUAUGAUAUGUAUAAACAUUUCAUGAAGGAAUACUUGGAUCUCGGGCACACGGAACCAGUCCGUAGUUCAGAGUCCCCAAGUCAGGCAUACUACAUGCCACAUCAUGCAGUAAUUAAAGAAUCUAGCUCUACGAGUAAAAUAUGUGUGGUAUUUAAUGCUACUAGUAAGUCUUCAUCAGGACUAUCUCUUAACGACAUAUUGAUGACAGGUCCCAAAAUACAACAAGAGCUGAUAUUUUGGCGGGACAGUCCAAGUGAUCCUAUUCAAGAAUUUCGACUUAAUACUGUCACAUACGGCACUGCCUCGGCUCCAUAUUUGGCUACUUGUGCUUUAUACCAACUUGCCUACGAUGAGCAGAAUAACUAUCCUUUAGCUUCGAAGGCUGUACUUCAAAAUAUUUUUGUAGAUGAUUGUUUGGUAGGUGCUCAAAACACUGAAGAGUGCAAAAAUCUAAAUCAACGCUUGCAAAUGUUAGAACGUGGAGGAUUUCUUCUGCGUAAAUGGUCAUCCAAUGACUUGUCAGUGUUGGAGUAUAUACCCCAGGAGUUGAGAAAUGAUUCUGAGGCUAUGAAAAUUCAAGACGAUAGCUCAAUCAAAGUUUUAGGAAUUAAUUGGAAUCCCCAUGAAGACUACUUUAACUUUUCCGUAUCCAUUUCUGGUGAAAAGUUUAAAUACUCUAAAAGAGAUAUUCUUUCUGAUUUAGCGAAAAUAUUUGACCCAUUGGGUUGGCUUGCUCCUUGUAUUACUUACGUCAAAAUCUUGAUACAAGGCAUGUGGAAACUCCAUUUAUCGUGGGAUGAACCUGUUAGUGAUGAGAUUGCUAACAAAUGGAAGAUUUUCUGA